AUGGAUGUCAUCGGACCAAUUGAGCCAAAAGCUUCUAAUGAACAUCUAUUUAUUUUGCUCGCAAUUGAUUACUUUACUAAAUGGGUGGAGGCAAUCACUUUCAAGGCAGUCACUAAGAAUGCGGUCGUGGAUUUUAUCCAUUCAAACAUCAUUUAUCGUUUUGGUAUCCCAAGAACUGUCAUCACAGAUAAUGCUACAAACCUUAAUAGCAAGUUUAUAAAUGAGGCCAACGGAGCUGUGGAGACAGCCAACAAGAAUAUCAAAAAGAUUCACAGGAAAAUGGUUCAAGGCACUAGACAAUGGCAUGAGAAGCUGCCUUUUGCACUUUUAGGAUAUCGCACAACAGUGCGCACCCCGAUUGGUGUAACUCCUUAUUUGCUGGUGUAUGGGACUAAGGCUGUGGUACCAGCGAAAGUCAAAAUUCCAUAUCUUCGAAUUAUUGUCGAGGCUGAAAUUGAAGAUACUGAAUGGGUUAAAACCCGACUAGAGCAGCUCAUAUUAAUAGAUGAGAAAUGA